GCAGAAUUCAAGUAGCUUCGACUCCGAGUGUCAUUCUACAAGUUGUACUCGUUCUGUUUCUUAAACAUUCUCAAAAUGCUUCCUGCAACUUUCAAGCUUGCUGCUGGUAUUUCCUAUCGUCACAUGCGAAAUAUGACAGGUUUGCAGAAGAAUGCGAUGGUGGCGAUCCACCACAAGUUCAGGUCUUUGUCAGGUCCUGGGCCCAACACUUGGAUCAGCCAUGUCCGUCGCAGGAGCUCACUGCGCAGCAGCCGAAUUGACGAGAAGCCGGCAUGCAGUGAGGUGGACCUUGCCUAUGUAAAGCAGGGACAGGAGGCCUUGCAGAAAUCUAUCAACAUUCUCAGUGAACAGGAUGGCUGGCAGACAGAAAUUAUUUCAGCUAGUGGUGAUAGGGUGUUGAGCAAGGUGCUGCCGGGCAUCGGUAAGGUGUUCAAGCUGGAGGUGGUGUUGGAGCAGCACCCCGACAGCCUCUAUAAUGAGCUGGUGGACAACAUGGAGCAGAUGGGGGAGUGGAACCCAAACGUCAAACAGGUCAAGAUCCUCCAAAAGAUUGGCGAGGACACCAUGGUCACUCACGAGGUCUCGGCUGAGACCCCUGGCAACGUGGUCGGGCCGCGCGACUUUGUGAGUGUGCGUUGUGCCAAGCGGCGAGGCUCCACCUGUUUCCUAGCUGGAAUGUCCACCCAGCAUCCGGGCAUGCCGGAGCAGAAGGGCGUUGUGAGGGCAGAGAAUGGACCAACCUGCAUUGUGAUGCGUCCAAGUGCGGAAGACCCAGACAAGACUAAGUUUACCUGGUUAUUGAGCAUAGAUCUUAAGGGCUGGAUACCAAAGACUAUCAUCAACAGGGUGCUGUCCCAAACCCAGCUGGACUUUGCCAACCACCUGCGCCACAGGAUGACGGUCAACGGUGGGCUGGAGGUGGCUGCUCUGGCCUGCUGACCCCUCUGGCUGCGUGGCUGCACGUCGGACGCUUGGCUCCUGAGCGCGGGAUUCGCUGGCAGCCUCCUCCUUAAGUACAGACUUGGCCGGCCAUGAUCUCCUUCACACCCACUUCUGUAAAUACUACACACAUGAUUCCAGAGGAAAAUGUUGCCCAACCCCCAAUCGGUUUAUAAUAGCUCAGUGGAGUGUGAAUGCCCCAUUCUAUUCCUGACCAGUAUUUCUAACCCAAAUUGUAAAUGAGUAUCUGGAUCCACAAGCUCCUUUUAUACCAUCCUGGACAGCUUCAACAGCCCACCUGUAUGUUCACUGCCUCCCUGCCUAGUAUGUAUUUCCAAUCACAUGUGGUCACUUUGUUUGUAUAAAGAAAAGCACUUUUAAACUGUCUUUAAUAUUUAUUACGUUUAUGUCAUUGCCUGUCACCCUGGGUAAGGAUGUCUGCCAAGUGAAUAAACAAAAAUGAUCUAAA